AAUGUCUAAUUAUAGCUUAAUGUUUAAGUAUAUAAUAAUAGGGGAUACAGGUUAAAACAUGUUUAAUGAUUAGGAGUUGGAAAAUCAAGUAUUCUUUUGUAGUUGAUUGAAAAUGAAAUCAGAGAGUAACAUGAUGCCACAAUAGGUGUUGAAUUUGGAGCUAAAAUAUUAAAGAUGAAUGGAAUGAAUAUAAAAUUAUAAAUAUGGGAUACUGCUGGUUAAGAGAACUUUAGAUCGAUUAUUCGUAGUUAUUAUAGAUCUGCAAUUGGUAAUAUUGAUAAUAAUAUAUGAAGGAGCUUUAUUAGUUUAUGAUAUUACCAAUAAAAACUCAUUUCAUAAUCUUUAAAGAUGGAUGGAAGAAAUAAGAAAUAAUGGAAAUGCUAAUAUGAUAAUAGUAUUAUGUGGAAAUAAAAUUGAUUUAGAAUCUGAGUAAUAAGUAUAUAUUUGAUGUAGAGACGAGCAAUUACAUAUGAAGAAGGUUUGCAAUAUGCAUAAUAAUAAAAAUUGAUUUUUCUUGAAAUAUCAGCUAAGUAAGGCAUCAAUAUUUAAUCGGCAUUCUAUUAAUCAACUUAAAAAAUCCUAUAAGAAAUAGAUGAUGAAAAGAUUUUACUUGGAUAAGAUGUAAAUAAUGAUAUAUUAAAGUAGCCAGGAAUAAAGAUUGGAGGAUAAUAUAAAAAAAGAGAGAAAGAAAUAAAGAUAAUUCAUAAAUAUGAAGAAGCUGUAUAAUUAAAAAAAAUAGAUACUCCUAAUGGUAAUAAAUGUUGUUGA